GAAUUACAACCAGUCGUGCGGUGUGGACAGCCCCAGCUCCUGCUGCACACUGGACCACAUCCCCCUCGUCAGCAAGUGUGGCACCCUGCCUCCUGAGAGCUGCUUCUUCAGCCUCAUCUGCAGCCUGGGCUCCUUCAUGGGGUUGUUGGCCCAAUGGGGGCUCGGGAGCUACCACCCCAUGGAUGAAGGAAAGAAGCACUUUGGGAUCCUAGCAGCAGACAGUGGGUGCAAAUUUGCUCUUCAGCCAGGAGCUGGGCAUGGGGUGGAUCACGCCAAGGUGCUGCACUACAUUGGGGCGGGGGUGGCCUUUCCCACCAGCAUGCUGUUCCUGCUCCUGCAGUCUGUCCUCACCUACCGCAUGGCCAAAACCCGCGGGCAGUACUGGACUGGACACUUACGUAGCAUCCUCACUGCCAUGGCCUUCAUCACCCUCGUGUUCAGUGGGGUGUUCUUCAUCCAGGAGAGCUUCGUGCUGCAGCACGUGGCUGCCCUGUGUGAGUGGAUGUUCAUCAUUGAUGUCCUGGUCUUCUAUGGUACCUUCAGCUUUGAGUUUGGGGCCAUCUCCACAGACACCUUUUCCAGCCGGGCCCCAAAAAGUUACAAAGGCGAGAGCGGCGUGUCCAGCACUGCCCACAUCCACAGGCAUGUGGAGGGCCUGGCUAUGGCCUGA